AUGCAGAAGUUCAUUGCUGUUGUUGCCUGCCUGGUGGCCGUGGCCGCUGCCCUGCCCUACAAGACCGGCCCUGCCGCCCCCAUCGUGGAACCGGCCCAUUACGCCGAACCGAAGGACUCGCACCACCACCCGCAGUACAAGUUCGAGUACGGAGUCCAGGACGGUCACACCGGCGAUCACAAGGCCCAGUGGGAGCAGCGCGAUGGUGACCACGUCAAGGGAUCGUACACCCUGGAUGAGGCCGACGGUGGCCACCGGGUGGUGGAGUACCAGUCCGACGGUCACGGUGGAAUCAACAUCCAGGUCAAGAAAGUCGGCGGACAUGCCCCCGCGCUGAAGGCUCCCCAGCACCACCACCACGACAUUGUUGCCCCCAUUCCGGUGGUUCCGGUUCCGGUCAAGUCAAUCAAGACGAAGCACCAGCACACCGGCGAGAGCUACGCCAACCUGAAGAAGCAUCACUAUUAG